GACGCAUUCGCCAUGCUCAUCGCAGCCCACCACCCCUCUCUGAACCUGCUCGGCAUCACCACUAUCCACGGCAACGCCUCUCUGGAGAACACCACCAUCAACGCGACCCGCGUCCUGGAGGCCAUCGGUCGCCCAGAAAUCCCCGUAUAUCCUGGAAGCAAGAAGCCGUUCUGCAGACCCGCGCUGCAUGCUCCGAACAUCCACGGUAAGUGCUGCCACGUAUCCACAGCAGCACCGCGGAGAAAUACCAACAUAAUAUCCAUAAUGGCAGGCGACUCCGGUCUCGAUGGGACAGAUCUCCUGCCCAAGGCCUCGAGGGCCCCGAUCACGGACAAGAACCCCAUCCUUGCGAUGCGGGACGCUCUGAUGGCGCAGCCUAAGGACACCGCGUGGGUUGUGGCGACCGGAACCUUGACGAAUGUUGCGCUGCUGUUCGCGACUUUCCCUGAGGUCGGGGAGCACAUUCGGGGUCUGACUAUCAUGGGAGGAGGUGUGGGUGAGGGUUUCACCGAUGCGCCGAUGAGUAGACUUGAGGGGGAGGAGAACCGGAUUGGAAAUAUUACACCCCUGGCUGAGUUUAACCUCUAUUGUGAUCCCGAAGCCUCCCAAGCAAUCUGCAGCGACCCGAUUGUCGCCCCGAAGACGACCCUGAUCACCCUCGACCUCACGCACCAGGUGCUCGCUACCAGCACGGUGCGGAACCUCGUCCGCCACGGCGUGGACGACCCCUCCGUCGAGCCCACCACCCUUCGACAGAUGCUGUACGAGCUCCUGAUCUUCUUUGCGUCGACCUACGAAUCUGUCUUCGGGCUCGCGUCGGGCCCUCCCCUCCACGACCCCCUGGCCGUGGCGGUGAUCUUGUCGACCCUGAACCCCUCCUACGCGAAGAAGCACCCGGAGCAGGCGUUGAAGUUCGAUGACCGCGACGGAGAGCGUUUCGCCGUCAAUAUCAUUACGGACGGGCUGCAUGGGACGUGGGGGGCGGAUCCCGCAUUGGUCGGCGCCCUGGGUCGCUCGGUGGCUGAGCCGUCGCCGAAGGGAGUGUGUAUUCCUCGCGGAGUGGAUCUGGAUGCCUUCUGGGCUAUGAUCAAUGAUUGCAUCAAGCGGGCGGAUGCUUGCAAUGCUGCGCGUAAGGCCUCGGCUUAGAUGCCCGGGGCGUUUGGGUCAUCCUUUACUUGGUUAUAUGUGUGAUGAGAUUAGGAGAUAGAGUUCCAUAUCACGAUUAGAUAGAUCCAUCGGAUAUAGAAGACAAAAGAUCAUAAUUUGCC